UCUGCAAUAGCAGAGAUUUCCGGUUCGUCACAAAUGGCCAUAUCUUCUCUUCACCUUUUCGUCUUCAUAGUCAAUAUUGUUAAAGUCAUAGUAGCAAGCCAAUAUGAUCGCACAAAAUCAUCAUGGUGUGGGAAACAAUUGACACCUAUUAAAUUCCCAUUCAGACUCAGAGACAGCCAGCCUAAGAGCUAUUGCCGCACUGACUUUGAUCUAUUUUGCACUAGUAAGAACGAGACGGUGCUUCAUCUGCCGUUUGUUCCAAUUAAUUUUUAUGUAUCUGGUAUAGAUUAUCAUUCACAAAAAAUUGGAGUAUACAUCCCAGAUGAUCAAUGGUCUCGUAAAAACCCCGGCUUAGAAUUCAUCAAUCUGUCAAGUUCUCCUUUUCGAUUCACUCACGGGUUCUCUCACGUUACGCUACUGAAUUGCCCUUCACAACCAUCUCCUUCAGGGAUACCCUGCCGUCCUGGUGGGCAUAGCCAUAGCAUUUGUCCCGUUUUUUCCAAUAGCCAUAUUGAGUACUACCGGCAGUUCGUUUCUUGUAGCAAGAUGUACGACUUUGGCUCACCAGUUGAUCCUAAUGACAUGAGCAAACUCAUGGGUCCAUUUUCACUGACAUGGUAUUAUGAAGAACAACACAAGAAAGAAAAUGGCUCUGGACAGGAAUUCAAAUGUCAAAAUAGAGUCCAACAAAGAAAAGGCCCAUCUAAAAAAUCAAAAGCGAUCGCAGGUUCAACAGCAGGUUCAUUUGUUAUCCUGAUGAUGGUAGUUAUCGCAAUUCUUUAUGCGUAUCCUUCAGACAAAGAUGCAGAAAACCGACUGCGAAUUGAGAAGUUUCUAGAGGAAUACAGGGUUUUUCAGCCAUCAAGAUAUGCCUAUGCAGACAUUAAAAGAAUCACAAAUAAGUUCCAGAAGAAGUUAGGACAAGGAGCUUAUGGAACAGUGUUUAAAGGGAAGCUUUCCAAUGACAUUCUUGUAGCAGUGAAGGUCCUAGACAAUAACACAAGAGGAAAUCGGGUGGAGUUCAUCAAUGAAGUUGCAAUAAUGGGACGGAUCCACCAUGUCAAUGUGGCUCGCUUGGUUGGUUAUUGCGCGGAUGGAUUAAGAAGAGCUCUUGUUUAUGAGUUCUUAUCAAAUGGUUCACUAGAGAAGUAUUUAUCAUCCAAGGCCAGCAAUAAAAAGUGCUCGCUAAGCUGGGAGAAACUGCAGCAGAUUGCCUUAGGAAUAGCCAAGGGAAUUGAGUAUCUCCACCAAGGCUGCGAUCAACGGAUCCUUCAUUUCGAUAUCAAACCCCGAAACAUUUUGCUGGACCGAAACUUCAUUCCAAAAAUUGCCGAUUUUGGUCUUGCGAAAUUGUGUUCUAAGGACACGAGUAUCGUGUCAAUGACUACGGCACGAGGGACCAAGGGAUAUAUUGCACCGGAAGUGUUCUCAAGAAACUUUGGAAAUGUAUCUUACAAGUCAGAUGUUUAUAGUUUUGGGAUGUUAUUGCUUGAAAUGGUAAAAGGAAGUUGGAAAUACAAUAGUGGCUGGAAAGUGGAGAAUGCAGAUGAAAUAUACUAUCCCGAGUGGAUCUAUAAUAUGCUAGAAGAAGGAGAGCUUAUGAUCAAAAUUCAAGAAGAGCCUGAUGCUAAAAUUGCGAAGAAACUUGCAUUUGUCGGACUUUGGUGUAUCCAGUGGCAUCCAGUGAGUCGUCCGACCAUGAAGUUUGUUGUUCAAAUGUUGGAAGCCGGAGAAGAACUAACCAUGCCGCCGAAUCCGUUUGCCUCUGUUGGUCUAACAAACCCAAAUAACAAGAUUCCGACAAGGGUGCCUAUGGCUAUGGAGUUGGAAACUAUUGAUGAAAGAGUAUAGGAUUUAUAUUCACUACCAAUUAAAGUCUAAGCAUUAUAAAUGUCCCUAUAAAAAUCACUAUUAUUUUUUUUUUGUUCUAAUAAAUUUGUGUAUCUAGUUCAAGUGUAACUUGGAUAAUGAAAUUUUCUCGUGUGAUUUGUGAUACACGUCUUUUUAAGAUGAGAGAGGAUUAUAAUUGCACUCCAA